AUGAACGAUAGGAUGGCGAGAGAACUACAGCAAAUUCCCGCACAAUAUGAGGUGGAGGGAGCAAGUAUGGCAUCGUUUUCUCAGACGCCCAGAAGCUCUGGAUCGGUCAUUCCUACUCCGCCUACGCCUGCCACGGCACAACCGCGGAUUAACCACAUCCGCGGGCGCAAACGGAAGCAAGGGGCAUUCACAUGCGAGGAAAGUCAACAGCAGCAAGGAGCAGCCUGUGCGAAUGCACAACCGUUCGCGGGAUGGAACGGCGCGGACAACGUCGGAUGGUUUACGCCGAGUGGUGCGGGCCCGGCGGGUCAGAGCACCAUGGCAGGGGACCUGAAGCCUGAUACCACAGGGACAUACCAAAUGGCCGUGAAUCCACCGCCACUGCCACACGCUACCGCCGGCCCUGCCGCCCCCGCUGAAGCUGCCGGGACAUUGGGCACAGCCUCGGCUGCGCAGCGCGCGUCUACCUUCACAGCUGCGGGCCCCUGCACUCCGCGUCGCUCCGUGUCGCUCAGGUCCGUGCAACCCUGCACUCCGCGCGAUGCCAUCAGCGACAGUAUCGCCUCGCCCGUCCACGUGCCGCCGUCGCCCCUCGCUACCCCCGCCCCCGUGACGCCCACCGUGGCCUCCCAUUCCGCCUCCGUCGCAGCGCCGGAAGCUUUGCCAGAGAAGAGCGGCGCCGCAAUGGGUGGCGGUGCGGCGGAGAACGUGGUUUUCCAGGCGACUCAGACGGCCGCGGCCGCGGGUGCUGACGUGGGGGCGCGAGGCAAGGGGAGGAAGCGAAACGGGAAGGCGAGGCGUGCGGCGGAGAAGAGAAUCCAAGAGGAGUGCGCGGAUGCCGAGAAACACGGCGCCGCAGCUGAAGCAGCGAAGAUAGCGCGGUCAUCGGGCUCCGCCCCGCUGCGGCAGCCGCGCUCCGGAAAGGACGGCGGAGGUGUCAGCGGAAAGGCGAGCAGCAGCGGAGGCGGGAGAGGCGGCGGCGGCGGAAAUCGCAGCGAUCGCGACGGCGCGAGCGAGCGCGAGUUGAAACGGCCGCGAUUCCAGGCGUGGCAGAUCGACUUCCUGGAGGAGAGCUUCCUGGCGGACUACACGUUGGAGCCCGACCGUAAGCGCGCGCUGGCGGCGGAGCUGGGCGUGCAGCCGCGGCAGGUGGCGGUGUGGUUCCAGAACCGGCGCGUGCGGUGGAAGUCGCGACAGAAGGAGGCGGACCUGGACUCGCUGAAAGGCGCGUACGACGAGCUGGAGGACGACUGCGAGUCGCUGCGGUCCGAGUACGAGCUGCUCAAGGGCGACUACGAGGAGCUUCUCGCCGAGAAUUCCGGACUCUACUCCAAGGUACUAUGCGCGCCGGGUGUGCUGCAGGGUGGUGCGUCCAUGUUCAGUACUUUGGCUUCGAUUUUUCUGGGAGAAGAGAAGGACGGCGGGAAAUAUCCAGUUACUAAUUCUGCCGUUUCUUUCUCUGUCUCUAAUGUUUUUCGCUUACAGAUUCUGUUGCUCUCGCGGCUGGUGGCGUUGCGGGAUCAGGGCGUGGAGCAGGCGCAGAGCGAGCAGCGAGACGGGCACUCUGGGGCCGUGGCAGGCACGGCGGAGAGGAAGGCGCGCGAGAGUCGCGCAGAGGGUGGCGUAGGCGUGGCGGGCAGCGAGUGCGAGCGGUCACCCAUGCACAGCAGCGGUGGCAGCAAGGCCAUGCAGCACGCGUUGAGCGCGGGGAGCGCCGGGAGAGCGGAGUGGGAGAAUCAGCCAUGGAAUGACGAUGACGGCAAGGACGUGCGGGAGACUGGGCGGAGCGGCACGCGUGUUGCCACCAACACUGCAAGCACCAGCACACCGGCCGGGCAGGGCGGGAGGCGCAGAGGUACGGCGCUGUCCCCCCUCGUCCUUCCUCCGUGCGCCAUGGACCUGCCCCUGCCGAGCCCACUAUCUGCGCUACCUGCGGCGUUCCCUUCAGACGCAGCAACCACGCAGUCCGACGCAGCAGGCUUUGAACCCGGCAGUGGGGAAAAGGAGAUCAACGGCCAUGGCAUGCAGGCUGAGAGCCCCCCCAGUGGCGGUGUUGCGGUGCUGUGCGCGGAUUUUCUCCCAGCUCCACUCCAUUCCAGUGAGCCAGCUGCAGGCAUGGCGGCAUUGUCAAGGCAAGGCACACUUCCCACGGUCAUGGACGGCACGUUCGACGCCUUCACAUCGCUCCUCACCGCUCCCGAUGAACUCGCCUGCGAGCCCUACUGGUCUCAUGCUGGCAGUCCAAGCACCCACGCCGUGCCUGCUCUUCCCGGCCCAUCGCCACAUUCUGCGCAUGCUGAAGGCGCUGCGCCUGCCCGGCCUGCUGAGCCUGCUGGGGAGGGUGAUAUGGCGCAAGCCUUCUACACUGCAACCGGCAAUUCACAGAAUGAAGACAGGAGCGGAGCACCGCAGUGGGAGGGAGCGCCUGCACAAGUGGCGCAACUAGUGGACAAUGGUGAAUCUAGGCAAGCGGGAGAAGGAUGCGCACUGACAACCGGCGACCCAGCUCUCCAUGCAGAGCCCACCGUCCAUCUAACCUCACCAUCUCUUCCCUCACCUCUGUCAGCUUCAACACCUUUAGCCUACUUGCCUGAGCCUGAGCCUUUCUCGCUGCCCUCUUUGCCGGCAGCUGCCGCCUCCCACGCCUUCCAAGCCACAAUGGCCAUGCCUUUCGCCAGCGGUGAACCUGGUAGUCCAAGCCGCAGCAUGAUGGUAAUGGCUGCUGCCUAUGCUUCCCCCACACAAGACGGCCCAGCUUCACAGAACCUUCCCCAUAACCUGCAGCUGGCGCACAGCAUGCUGUCUGGUGAUGGUUCAACGCGUAAAAGCACUGGUCUAGCCGCCUCUUCUCCUUGCACGGGCGCUCAGGGUAGUGGGAGCAUGACGUAUCUGCCUUAUGAUGUGCUCGCACCCGUGGAUCUGCUUCCCCAUACCCGCUACACAAGCAAUACCGAGGGGAUUGAAAUCCACUGCAGAGGUUCAGCCAUGCAACCUCUGGCUAGAGGCCAGAUAUCGGGUCGAGAAGGCAGGAUGACGGAGGGGGAGAGCUCCGAUGCGGCCGGCAAGGGUGGCAAGCGCGAUUUCUCAACGGCGAUUCUGGAUCGGAAGAAGGCGUUGAACCGGCUGAUAGUGGACGAGGCGGUGAACGACGACAACUCCGUGGUGGCGCUCAACAUGAAGACCAUGGAGGAGCUGCAGCUCUUCCGCGGCGACACCGUGCUGCUCAAGGGCAAGAAGCGCAAGGACACGGUGUGCAUCGUGCUGGCGGACGACACGGUGGAGGAGACGCGCAUCCGCAUGAACAAGGUGGUGCGCGCGAACCUGCGCGUGCGCCUGGGCGACGUGGUGUCCGUGCACCAGUGCGCGGACGUCAAGUACGGCAAGCGCAUCCACGUGCUGCCCAUCGACGACUCCGUCGAGGGCGUCUCCGGCAACCUCUUCGACGCCUAUCUCAAACCUUAUUUCCUGGAGGCGUACCGGCCGGUGCGCAAGGGCGAUCUGUUCCUGGUGCGCGGCGGCAUGCGCAGCGUGGAGUUCAAGAUCGUGGAGACGGACCCGGCGGAGUACUGCAUAGUGGCGCCCGACACCGAGAUCUUCUGCGAGGGCGAGCCCAUCAAGCGCGAGGACGAGGAGCGCCUCGACGAGGUGGGGUACGACGACGUGGGCGGCGUGCGCAAGCAGAUGGCGCAGAUCCGCGAGCUCGUGGAACUUCCGCUGCGCCACCCGCAGCUGUUCAAGUCCAUCGGCGUCAAGCCGCCCAAGGGUAUCCUGCUCUUCGGCCCGCCUGGGUCCGGUAAGACGCUGAUAGCGCGUGCUGUGGCGAACGAGACGGGCGCGUUUUUCUUUCUCAUCAACGGGCCGGAGAUCAUGUCGAAGCUGGCGGGGGAGAGCGAGAGCAACCUGCGGAAGGCGUUCGAGGAGGCGGAGAAGAACGCCCCCGCCAUCAUUUUCAUCGACGAGAUCGACUCGAUUGCGCCCAAGAGAGAGAAGACUCAGGGAGAGGUGGAGCGUCGCAUAGUGUCGCAGCUGCUGACGCUCAUGGACGGACUCAAGUCGCGCGCGCACGUGAUCGUGAUGGGCGCCACCAACCGGCCCAACAGCAUCGACCCCGCGCUCAGGCGGUUCGGGCGGUUUGAUCGUGAGAUUGACAUUGGCGUGCCAGACGAGGUGGGGCGGCUGGAGGUGCUGCGCAUCCACACCAAGAACAUGAAGCUCGCUGAAGACGUGGACCUGGAGAAGAUAUCAUCCAACACGCACGGGUUCGUGGGAGCGGAUCUGGCGGCGCUGUGCACGGAGGCGGCGCUGCAGUGCAUUCGCGAGAAGAUGGACGUGAUCGACCUGGAGGACGACAGCAUCGACGCCGAGGUCCUCAACUCCAUGGCCGUCUCCAACGACCACUUCUCCACCGCGCUCGGCAUCUCCAACCCCUCCGCGCUCAGGGAAACGGUUGUGGAGGUGCCCAACGUCUCGUGGACCGACAUUGGAGGGCUGGACAAUGUCAAGCGGGAGCUGCAGGAGACGGUGCAAUAUCCGGUGGAGCACCCGGAGAAGUUUGAGAAGUUUGGCAUGUCGCCCAGCAAGGGCGUGCUGUUCUACGGGCCGCCGGGGUGCGGCAAGACGCUGCUGGCCAAGGCGAUUGCCAACGAGUGCCAGGCCAACUUCAUCAGCGUCAAGGGCCCUGAACUGCUCACCAUGUGGUUCGGCGAGAGUGAGGCCAACGUGAGGGAGAUCUUUGACAAGGCGCGCCAGUCCGCUCCCUGCGUGCUCUUCUUUGACGAGCUCGACUCCAUCGCCACCCAGCGUGGCAGCAGUGUGGGCGAUGCAGGAGGAGCAGCGGACCGAGUGUUGAACCAGCUGCUGACGGAGAUGGAUGGCAUGAACGCGAAGAAGACGGUGUUCAUCAUCGGCGCCACCAACCGCCCUGACAUCAUCGACCCCGCUCUGCUGCGCCCGGGCCGCCUGGACCAGCUCAUCUACAUCCCGCUGCCCGAUGAGGGGUCGCGCCUCAAGAUCUUUGAGGCUGUGCUGCGCAAGUCCCCCCUGGCUAAGGAGGUCGAGCUUACUGCUCUCGCCCGCUACACCCAUGGCUUCAGCGGUGCUGAUAUCACUGAGAUUUGCCAGCGCGCUUGCAAAUAUGCCAUUCGGGAAAACAUUGAGAAGGACAUAGAGAGGGAGAAGCGGCGGGCGGCCGAUCCGGAUUCGAUGGAGGAGGAUGAGGAGGACGAGGUGGCAGAGAUCACAGCAGCGCACUUUGAGGAGGCCAUGAAGUUUGCCCGCCGCUCCGUCAGUGAUGCUGACAUCCGCAAGUACCAGGCCUUUGCACAGACCCUGCAGCAGUCACGCGGCUUUGGAUCGGACUUCCGCUUCCCCGACAGACCCGCUUCCGCUGCGCCUGCAGCAACGGGUGCUGCUGCGGGCACUGCGGAGGAUGACGACGACCUCUCCUCGCGACUGCCCAAGGCGCAACUCCGCGCAGAGGGUGCGACUACACAGCGGGGAGGCAUGGCGGCGAGCGGGCAGCACUCGCGGUGGGCGGCGGUGGGCGCGUGGGCGGGCAAUGUGGGGAGCUCGGUGGCGCUGGUGAUGGUGAACAAGGUCAUCAUGUCCCGAUACUCCUUCCACUUCGCAACGACGCUGACGGCGCUGCACUUCGCCAUGACGGGCCUUGUGGGCUGGCUGGGAGGCAGCAACCGCAAGGGCGCGCCUGGUGUGCCGCUGGGGGAGCUGCUGGCGUUCAGCGUUGUAGCGAAUGCGUCUAUAGUGGGGAUGAACUUCAGCCUCAUGCUCAACACCGUCGGGUUCUAUCAAAUCGCGAAGCUGAGUGUACUGCCCACGGUGUGCGUGCUGGAGUGGGCGGUGCACGGGCGGCGCUACUCGCGGGAGGUGCUGGGCGCCAUCAUGCUCGUGCUGGCGGGCGUGGCUGUGUGCACCGUCACUGACGUCUCCAUCCGCCCCACUGGCCUUGCUGUCGCUGCUCUCGCCGUCGCAGCAACAGCCCUCCAACAAGUGGGCAUCGCCAUGCUGCAUUCACGGCAUGCCAUCAACUCCAUGAGCCUGCUCUCCCUCACCGCGCCCACCCAAGCGGCGUCGCUACUACUACUAGGCCCCUCCACAGACUCGCUGCUGCUGGGAGGCCAGUCCCUGUGGCACUCUCACUUCAGCACAGCUGCCUGGGCGUUCGUGCUGCUGUCAUGUGUGCUCGCCAUCUUCUGCAACCUCACCCAGUACCUCUGCAUCAACAUACUCUCUCCCACCUCCUUCCAGGCAUGUCCCCCUCUAACUAUCUCUCUUGCGCAAAUGUUCCCUUUUCAUCUGCAGGUGCUAGGCAACAUGAAGACGGUGCUGGUGCUGGUGCUGGGGUGGAUGCUCUUUGACUCCUCGCUCUCACCCGCUAACAUCGUGGGCAUGGCCAUGGCCGUCUCAGGCAUGGCCCUCUACUCCUACGCUGCCCACGGCCGGGGGAGUAAAGGUGCAGCUCCAAGCAGCAGGGCGGUGGAGAGCAGGGAAGGGCGUGGGCGAGCGGCACAGCAAGGUGAGUCGUCUCCUCCUCUCGCAUCCCUUUCAUUGUGCCCCCCUCCUCCCCGCCUGUCCCUCUCCUCCCCGCCUGCCCCUCUUCUCCCCGCCUGCCCCCCUCCUCCCCGCUUGCCCCUCUCCACCCCGCAAUCCCCCCACCAGCAUUCACCUGCCGCCGAGCGUGCCUCGCGGAUGCCGUCGCCCACCACCGCCGUUGCGCGCGCCUCCACCGUCACGGACGAGGCGCGGACGGAAGGAGAGCGAGAGAGCGGGGGUGCGGGAAGGGCGGUGCGAGAAGGUAAUCCCAUCACUCGCUCUCUCACCAAAGAUCCUCACUACGCCGCUGCCCUCGCGGCUUCUCUGCUUGUUACAUCAUUCAUUGUCAACACUUCAAUCGUUUGCCCGCGUCCACCAACGCUCCUGCCAGCGGGGCCAGUGGAUCGGCAGCAGGGGCCAGUGGAUCGGCAGCAGGGGCCAGUGGAUCGGCAGCUGGGGCCAGUGGAUCGGCAGCAGGGGGAAAACGGUUGGCGCAGGAAGGGACGAAGCCGCCCAAGCCAGCCAAAG